GCAUUCAUAUCGCCCUUGGAAGGGGCGGGGCGGGGCACCAAUGGGAGAGCGCGGCGGGUCCACUCGAUCUCCCGCGUCUCGGUUAGUGAAAUUGGUGGACCUUCUGAGGUCCAGACACAAACCCAGUGAUCAAGCCCUCUCCGGCCCGGAUUGGCUGCGCCGCUCACGUGGGCGCCUAACUUUAUUCACUUGACAGCGAGUAGGAGGGCUCUGUGGCAGGGGAAAAAAAGACAACACGAGAAAAAUUAGUAUUUUCCACCUCCCGAAAUUAAUGGCCAUGAGUUCCUAUAUGGUGAACUCCAAGUAUGUGGACCCCAAAUUCCCUCCUUGCGAGGAGUAUUUGCAGAACAGCUACCUGGCCGAGCAGGGCUCCGACUACUACGGGGCUGCGCAGGGCUCCGACUUCCCGCCCCAGGGGCUCUACUCGCGCCCCAGCUACGGCGAGCAGCCCUUUGGCUGCAGCAACGCCCAGGGCUCGGCCGGGCAGCCGCGGGGUCACGGGCAGGAGCAAUCCGGCCCGCCGAGCCACUUCCCCGGGCCAGCCGAGCACUGCCCGCCGCCUCCCAUGCAGGCCGCCCGCGCCUGCAGCCAGCAGCAGAGCCUCAAAAACCCCAACGGGGCAGCGGCGCUUAAGCAGCCGGCGGUGGUAUAUCCCUGGAUGAAGAAAGUCCACGUUAACUCAGUGAAUCCCAACUACACCGGCGGGGAACCCAAGCGCUCCAGAACAGCUUACACGAGGCAGCAAGUCCUGGAGCUGGAGAAGGAGUUCCACUUCAACCGGUACCUGACCAGGCGCCGCCGGAUCGAAAUAGCUCACACUCUGUGUCUCUCGGAGCGCCAGAUCAAAAUCUGGUUUCAGAACCGACGGAUGAAGUGGAAAAAGGACCAUAAACUGCCCAACACGAAGGGCCGGUCGUCAGGGGUUUCCGCCGCUUCCAGCCAGCGCUUACAGACGGUCUCUAAGGAGCAUCAAACGGACUUGAUCACUUUAUAGGCGGCUGGGAAAUGGUCCGUUUCACUGGUGGGAUCCGGAGCGAAACUCUCCUGAACCGACAGCCGGAGACCCAGGCGAGCCCUCUCUCACACACCCGCACAAAGCCUAGGAGCUGGCCAAGCGGAAAUCUGCUGCAGGCUCCCCAAGUGGCCUCAUCCUGCUUCAAGGUACUUGGAGAAAACCCCAACCGUCCUGUAUCUUGAUGAACAGCAUCCAAACAAACUGCAUCCGGAGGGUGAGGAAACGAUAGAGAUAUAUAGAGAGAAAUAUUUUUAAUAAGACUUUUCCUGUGGACGCCAGCAGUGCCCUCCCCGCCCUGCAAAGCACGCCCUUUGGCCUUCUAUCUGCAGGGAAAGGCUUUCGGGUGCUCCACUCUCUGGGUUGGGGGUACUGCUAAUCUUGCUUCCCCCCCCCCACUCGGUGGGUUGUGCGUUUGGAGAACUCUAAUGGAGAAAGCGUGAACUCUUAUCCCCCCCUUGCUUUAUCUUUGUUUUUUAAAAAAAGUUUA